AUGGAAAGGUUCCAGUCUUCCAUGCGCAAACGGCUCUACAGCUUGCCGCAAAACAUUGCGCAAAGAGCAACUGUGACUGAAGGCGAAGGCGACAGCGGCGACAAGGACACUAAAAGGAAAAGUAUUCGGCUAAAACAUUUGUCCUCUCUGUCUCCGGCAAGCAGCUGCAGGAGCAUCGAGGAGGCCAGGAGCGAGGAAUUGGAGAGGGACGCGUCCGCGCUGAAAUCCAACUUGAACGGGGACUGCCGCUUCUCCCGGAGCAGCAUCUCGUCCAUCACCGGGAGGCAUCCUCCGGACUCGGAUCCCGCGGAGCAGCGGCGCCUCCUGCCCGAAACGGAAGCCGGGGCGAGUGAGAGUUCACCUGGGGAGCCUGGCCCCGGGGCCCCGGAGCGGGCACCGAGUCAGCCGCCCGUCUUCGACCCGUCAGCUUUCAUCAAGUUGGAGGGAUCGGAUCAGAUAAUACCCGAAGAUGAGCGACUGUAUCAGGCCGGCUUCAUGCACCGACAGUUCGGGGCAAUGCUCCAGCCCGGAGUCAACAAGUUCUCCCUGCGGAUGCUGGGCAGUGAGAGGGCCGUGGAGCACGAGAGGGAGCGCGUGAAGUCUGCAGGUUUCUGGAUAAUCCACCCAUACAGUGAUUUUAGGUUUUACUGGGACCUGACCAUGCUGCUGCUGAUGGUGGGAAACCUCAUCAUCAUCCCUGUGGGCAUCACCUUUUUCAAGGAUGAGCACACACCACCCUGGAUUGUCUUCAAUGUUGUGUCGGACACCUUCUUUCUCAUAGACCUGGUCCUCAACUUUCGCACUGGCAUCGUCAAGGAGGACAACACAGAGAUAAUCCUGGAUCCACAGCAGAUCAAGAUCAAGUACCUGAAGAGUUGGUUUGUGGUGGACUUUGUCUCCUCUAUACCCGUGGACUACAUCUUUCUCAUUGUGGAAACUCGCAUCGACUCAGACUUCUACAAGACGGCCCGGGCCCUUAGGAUCGUCCGGUUCACCAAGAUCCUCAGUCUGCUGCGGCUGCUGCGCCUCUCCAGACUCAUUCGCUACAUCCACCAGUGGGAAGAGGUGUUUCACAUGACGUAUGAUCUGGCCAGUGCUAUGGUACGUAUCAUGAACCUGAUUGGCAUGAUGCUGCUGCUCUGCCACUGGGAUGGAUGUCUCCAGUUUCUGGUGCCGAUGCUGCAGGACUUUCCUCCGGACUGCUGGGUCACUCGGAAUAAGAUGGUGAACGACACCUGGGGUCAGCAGUAUUCCUAUGCCUUGUUCAAAGCCAUGAGUCACAUGCUUUGCAUUGGGUACGGCCUGUACCCACCCAUCGGUAUGGGAGACGUCUGGCUCACCAUCCUCAGCAUGAUCGUGGGCGCUACCUGCUUUGCCAUGUUUGUGGGGCAUGCCACAGCUCUCAUUCAGUCCUUGGACUCCUCAAGGAGACAGUACCAAGAAAAGUAUAAACAAGUGGAGCAGUACAUGUCCUUCCACAAACUCCCCGCUGAUAUGAGGCAGAGGAUCCAUGAUUAUUACGAGCACCGUUAUCAGGGGAAGAUGUUCGAUGAGGAGAGCAUCCUGGAGGAGCUGAACGAGCCGCUGCGAGAGGAGAUCAUCAACUUCAACUGUCGCAAACUGGUGGCGUCCAUGCCUCUGUUCGCCCACGCCGACCCCAACUUUGUCACCUCCAUGCUCACCAAGCUGCGUUUCGAGGUCUUCCAGCCGGGCGACUACAUCAUCAGGGAGGGGACCAUCGGGAAGAAAAUGUACUUCAUCCAGCACGGCGUGGUCAGCGUCAUUACAAAAAGCAGCUCAGACACAAAGCUGACCGACGGCUCUUACUUUGGAGAGAUCUGCUUGUUGACUCGAGGCAGAAGGACCGCCAGCGUGAGAGCAGAUAACUACUGCCGGCUGUACUCUCUGUCCGUAGACAACUUCAAUGAGGUGCUGGAGGAGUAUCCCAUGAUGAGGAGGGCCUUUGAGGCAGUUGCCCUUGACCGCCUGGACCGUAUCGGAAAGAGGAACUCCAUUUUACAGCAUAAAGUCCAGCAUCACCAGAGUUCCGGCACAUUAAACCUUCAUGAAACAGAAAUUAUCCAAAGAAUCGUCCAGCAUGACCGCGACAUGGCCCACUGUACACAGUUGAUCCAAAGCAGCACUGGUCACAGUUUAAACCCCCCUGCUGCACCCCCAUCACCCACGCCUCUCAUCUGGACCCCACUGCUUCAGGCGCCGUUGCAGGCUGCAGCUGCCACCACACCCCUGGCUCUGGCCUUGGCCCACCACCCCCAACUCCUGUUCCACAGUCCUCUGGUUCCUGGGUCUGGCUCCAUGAAGGGCCAGAGCCAUUCAAGGAGAGUGCAGAUGGCAGGAAACACCUCAAGUAGCUAUGGUUCAGUUCCUAGUUCCCCCGUCUGCGCUGCUACAUCUAGAUCUGUGGUUGAGACUCCCUCGUUGGGGUUCUCUUUGCCCCAGCAUCACUCUACUGGAGUUUUUCCCCCCACAAUGAUGUCGCAGCCCAUCUUCACAAGCAGCCUGCAGCCAGUGACCCCACUGCCCGCUCCUCAGCCUAUGUAUCAGCCUCCUCACUGCGGCAUGACCCCAGUUUUCCCCUUCAAUCAGGCCACUGUCUCCUACACCUGCUCUGCACAGCUCCACCCUCAGCCCUUUCUUGGUGCUAUGACCAAUCCACCUCAGCCUUUAGGUUUACUUAAACAGGGGGCACCAAGUAAGCUGGCGGGAAGAUUUCCAGCCCCGACCAUCGGUCCUCUGAUCUGCAGCUCACUCAACCCCAUUCUGAGCCAGCUGCAGCAGACCUGUCACCCCUCCAGCCUCAACAAAGAGACCAGCACUCCCAGCAACAUCAACCUCCCACGUUUUCCCAUCAUAACCAGCAGGCAAGUCCCCAUGGGAAUAAGUGCGCCAUCAUCAGCAGGUGGAACGGGGACCGCCGCCUCUCUAGCGCAGCACACCCUGGCAGGGCUACAGUCAGUUUUCCUCCCACAGGUUCUCACCGAGCACUCGGCCCUUGCCUCCCUGGCCCAGUACGGGUCGGCAGAGGCCUCGCCUUGCUACACCCCCCCUCUCACGCAGAGCCCUGUGAUGGCACGGACGGUUCACCACAGUGAGCUGCCCAUCACCUCCAGCUUUCACAGCUCCCUGCCACUUCAGAGCUCACGUCCAUCCAGGGGGGGCUCCCCUCAGAAAGAGAGAACAGAGUCACCUGUGGAUCUCUUCGCCCAGGAAAUAAAGACAAUCUCAGGCUCUCAAAGCUAUUUACACCAGGAAAGGCCUUCGGUCAUGAGUGGCUCCUCAGAUGGGGCAGCAAGGAGCCACCAUUCUCCCUUGGCUGUCAAUAAACCCUACACCCCCAUCCCAGGUCAGGGCAUUCCUGCCAGUCGGACGCCAUCAGGGCCUGAGCCGCGGAAGCUGUCGGCCGCUGAUCAGUCUCCCUCUCAAGAGUCAGACAGUAAACAGAAACAGUCCAAACUUCCCUCCAACUUGUGAGUGCCAGAAACACCCUCCUUCACCUGCUUAGCAAAGAGGAACUCCUCUAUGUUUAUGGAAGCGAAUCGUUACCAUAUUUCAAAUGA